GAUCAAGCUAACUCGGGUUUAAAAUUUAGAACAUAAAACAGUUUACUGAAGGUAGCGUUAAGUAUUAAAGGGGUGAAAUAAUUGUAAAAUUCAGAUACUUGUAAGUAGAAUCUCAUCCAGAAAGAUCUGAGCGGUAUGUCUGGGUCGGACGAGGGGUGGACGCUGGUGUACUGGGACGUGUGUCCGGGGCGGGCUGAGUUCCUCCGGCUACUGUUCGAGGAGGCGGGUGUUCUCUACACGGAGGUGAACGACCGCGAUAUCAUCAUCAAGGACGUCAUCAAGGGAGAGGGCGGACUCUACCCGCACUUCGCGCCGCCCGUCAUCAAGAAAGGAAAGUUCAGCCUGUCGCAGACCCACGUGGCGAGUCGCUAUUUAGCGGGAAAGUUUGGUCUGUUGCCUAUUGACGAGGAGGAAGCGGCGCACGCGGAGCAGGUUAACCUCACGUGCCACGACUAUAUCGCCGAGGGGCGACUGGCGUUCCAUGGUAUCUACCCGACAGGGCCGUACGCCACCCAGAAGGAAACGACACAGCCGUAUAUCGACCGCUUCCUGGAGAGUCGCCUACCACGAUGGCUCCAGUACUUCGAGAGACUCCUAAAAUCAAAAGAUGACGGCAAAGGGUUUGUGGUUGGUAAGUCCCUGUCGUAUGCCGACCUGGGCCUGCUCCACGUGCUGCGCGCCACAGAAGCCCAAUUUCCGGCGGCUUGGGAGGCGGAAGACGUCCCCGCUCUAAAGGCGUUCAAGAAGCGGAUCGAAGCGCGCCCAAAACUCGCCGCGUACCUGACGUCAAGCCGCUGCCAGCCAUUCUCUGGGGACAGCAUGAUGUGAAACAUCCUUUGUGUACCCAUUGUUUCCCGAUAGUUCAAUAGUCACCAUUGGAGCCGUUAUGAAACUGUCACAAGUAUAUAUUAGAUAAAGUAAAAAUGCAGGCACACUCACUCUAAUAUAACAUUAGCAAUAUGCAUUCAAAUCGUCUAUUUUCUAUGGUGGCAUAUAACCUGUUAACGUUCGUGAAUUGUUUCGUGUUAACCAAUUAAUGUUCGCGAUAAUUAUCUAGCUAUCUUGUUAAUAUUCGCGAAAUGUUUUGGUAAGAUAAAUAUCAUAAGACUAAAAACAGGUUUGAAAGUGCCCAGAACUGCCACCUGUAUACGUAAAUAUUUUGACAGACACUUUGACUAACCUACGCUUCUUAAAGCUUUUAUAGCUAUUUAACGAAAUAUUCCGUAUAAAAAUAGCAAUUCUGUACACAUGUUUACAAUUAACUGUCAAAAAUCCUAUAAUCUAACAUUUUAUAUUCUUAUUAAAUGUUUUGAAUGGUAACAUUCCAAUAGACGACCAUAUGUUGUUGAAAAGUAUGUGCCCACGAUGUGCCCUUAUUAAUAUUUAUUACUAGAUCUGAACUAGUAUCGGUGAUAAUGUGCCCAUUUAAUGUUAUCUUGAAUAUAUGUAUUGUUAAAUCUAAGUUUAAUGAAUGUAAAAUACAUAAAAAUUGAACUUUUAAAA